AUGCCGGAGCCGACAGAGCGGCUGGUGGUCGUUUCCAACCGGCUGCCGGUCACGAUCAAGAUGGAUCCGAGCGUGCCAGGCGGCUUUGCAUUUAGCAAGUCGUCCGGCGGUCUCGUCUCUGCCCUGCGCGGGACAAAGAAAACCAUGGACUUUACGUGGAUUGGCUGGCCAGGACUGAGCGUCCCUCUGAGCAGCAUCCCCUAUAUCGAGACGACUCUGCGUGAAGAGUACCAGUGCAAGCCCGUAUGGAUUCCUGACGAGCUUGCAGAGCGGCACUACAAUGGCUUCUCGAACUCGAUCCUCUGGCCGCUCUUCCACUACCACCCCGGCGAGAUGAACUUUGACGAGGAAAACUGGCUGGCGUACCGCGAGGCGAACAAGCGCUUUGCCGAGACCGUGCGCUCGGUCCUGCGCCCUGGCGACCGCGUAUGGGUUCAGGACUACCACCUGAUGUUGCUCCCUCUCAUGCUCUCCGCGAUUCUCGAAGGCAACGACAUUGACGAGAUCGUGCCGAGGGACUGUGCCAAGAUCGGCAUGGCGCACGGCUCCUACUCGGACCUGGUGUCUGAGUCGAUUUCCGAGGUUUCCCACACGCCCGAGUGCUCGCCGCGGCGCAAGGAUAUCAAGAUCGGCUUCUUCCUGCACACGCCCUUCCCCAGCAGCGAAGUGUAUCGUAUCCUGCCUGUGCGACGCGAGAUUUUGCUCGGCAUUCUGCACUGCGACCUGAUUGGCUUCCACACGUACGACUAUGUGCGCCACUUUCUCUCGUCGUGCGCGCGCAUCCUCGGCCUGCCGACCUUUCCCAACGGCGCUGACUUUUGCGGGCGCCGCGUGCAGGUGCGCACCUACCCUAUCGGCAUCGAGCCCGAGCAGUUUGAAGAGGCGCUCUGUAAAGACACGGUGCGCGAGCGCAUCGCCGCGCUGGCGCGCCGCUUUGCAGGCGUCAAGAUCAUUGUGGGCGUCGACCGCCUCGACUAUAUCAAGGGCCUCCCACAGAAGCUCCAGGGCCUCGAGACCUUUUUCGAGGAGCACCCCGACUGGAUCGGGCGCACGGUGCUGGUGCAGAUUGCGGUGCCUUCGCGCCAGGAUGUGGAAGAGUACCAAAACCUGCGUGCGACGGUCAACGAGACGGUCGGCCGCAUCAACGGCCGCUUUGGCACGGUCGAGAGCCUGCCGAUCCACCUCCUGUACCGCUCCGUGAACUUUGACGAGCUCUGUGCGCUGUACGCGGUGAGCGACGUGUGCCUUGUGACCAGCACGCGCGACGGUAUGAACCUCGUUUCGUACGAGUACGUCGCGUGCCAGCAGGAGCGCAACGGUGUCAUGGUCCUCUCCGAGUUUGCCGGCGCCGCGCAGUCGCUCAACGGCUCGCUGAUCGUCAACCCCUGGGACCGUUUCGCGGUGGCGGACGCCAUCCACCAAGCGCUGACGAUGAACCCCGAGGCGCGGCGCAUGAACUCGGAGAAGCUCAUGCGCUAUGUAAAGAAGCACACCGCGUCCUGGUGGGGACGCAGUUUCGUGGAAGACCUCGGACGGGCCGGUGGCCAAUGUACCACAAUAGAGCAUGCAUAG